AAAAACGGGCUUCCGUGCUCAACUGAUGUGCUGUUUGUUGACCCCGUCUGACGGAAAGAGUUGGAGCGUAUUUAAAAAAAUGAUGGUAUUGCUUUGUUUUUGCCCCCAAAAAUUCACAAUAUGAUAUUGGUGCCAGUACACUAGUCAUAGUAGUAAGAAUUUACGACGACCACAAACACAGCGCACACAAUACCAGGCAGCCGCAUCGUGGAGAGUCACCAAAUCACGGCAACAAUGAAUGUCUCUCAUGAAAUAAACUUACUGGUGGGGGAGAUCGAACGACUUGGCAGCAAAAAUGCUGAGGGUCAAACAAGCGUAAAGUUUGGAGUGCUGUUCAAUGACGACCGCUGUGCCAACAUCUUCGAGGCUUUGGUAGGCACCCUGAAGGCCGCCAAGAAGAAGAAAAUUGUCUCCUUCGAAAGCGAGUUGCUUCUGCAGGGCGUCCACGAUAAUGUUGACAUCAUCCUGCUCCAAAAUUGAGGUCUCGCCGUUACGCACACUUUGCUAUUAAGCAAAGUAUUUUGGUGUCUUUUCCAAAUAUCAGGCUUCUGCUGUAUUCGUGAUCAUUUUUUUCCUGCAUGUCCAAAGCCAUUCUUAUUCAUUUUAAUUUAGUUGCAUUUCAGUUUGCCAAACAAAGCCAAAAUCAGUGUUUGGGAACAAUUUUUGUUUCAAGGGCUAUUUAACAGCCACGAAUGACAACAUUUUUAACGACCUAAUGUUCCUUAAACAAAGCACAUGACUUGAUAGAAAGUAGUGUGACGUGUAAUCAGUUAUAUGUGGAUAUUUGGAAAGUUUUGGCUGUAUUGUAAUGAUAAAGUAACAUAGUCGGACAAAUGUGUUAGAUUUAAAAAUAUAGAAUAGAACAGUACUAUUAUGUCUGUUCUUGGUGUUCGUUUUGGUUAACUGUCAUCAAGACUGCUUACUUUUUUCCAUAGAUUUUUUUUUAAAAACCAAAAUGCUCAGGGUGAAUUCCAUCAAUAUCCGGUAGUGAGAAAAAGGGGUUUAAAGAGCUACUGUGACUUUUUGAAAACAAGUCACCAAGCCUCUGGUAUGACUUUUUCCGUAAAAUCCCGUAUUUCAUGCUGUGAGCAGACUGUCACUUAACAUGCGUUUCAUUUAGCAACUUUUAUUGCAUGUCAUGCAAAUUUCAGUAAUUACAGCAAACUGUUCCCGUCAAAUCAUUAGUGAACACGUCUUUAAAAGGUUAGA